AUGACCCAAGUCUGCCUGCUGGACUCUGAUCGCCUGUCUUCGCUUUUACGGGAAGCUCUGUCCUGGAGUGAGAAUGUCUCGUCUCUUAUGGUCUCUGCUUUGAACGGAUCAAUACUCGCAUACGCCUACAGAGACACUACACCGUCGAUUAAAGCUAUGCGCACCCAAUCUACCACCAUGACCGCAGCUUACACGGUCGCCUCGGAGGACGUUCUCGUUUUCGAGGCACAAAACAUGGGAGCCAUCUCCGUGAUCGCACCUGUUGCGGACCAUGUGCUGUUAGCUGUAACGGGUCCCGGUCCGAAGCAGGAACAGGCCCUGCAGAAUGGUAUCGACUCAUCCCAAGAGCAUGGGCAGAUGGUCAAUGGGGGUGAUGAUCGUACAGAAGACGAAGAAGGGGAAGAAAAUGAUAACCAGGAUGAGGAGGAUAGAGAUACACAGAAAAUUCGGGAAGAACUUGAGGCAGUAAGCCAGGAACUAGCCAGUGUGCUGAGGGAAGAGCUGGCUGCGAUGAAGUGGCCAGACGAUAUAUGA